AUGGCCGUGGGGGAUACUACCUUUAGAAUUCAAAAUUUGGAACACCUUCACCCCUUCUUAAUCCAAGUCGCUCCCACAUUAGAACACCUCACUCUCGGCGUCAAGCAUUACAGCGGAUACUCACCUGAUGCAGAUCAGAUAACUCAAUUCUCUGCUUUCCCUAGGCUCAAGUCUUUACAAAAUUUUGCCUCUGAAGUUUUCCAAAUUGACGAAUUCCUAAUUCCUGAAAAUUUUCCAAAGUUGGUCUCCCUAUCAAAGGAACUUUUCGACGUGAGGAAUCUACACGUAAUUCAAGGUUUGGGUCUCCCAAUGGAACGUCAGGUCCGGCACUUAGGCCUCACAGAAUUGAAACUUGUUUGCCGCAACGAGUCCGGUAAGCCAACCGUUUGUGAAGAUCUGCCCUGCGAAUGUGAUGGUGGCAAGUUGCAGGAUUUCAUUUCAAAAUGUGACACCCUUCAACGACUAACUUUGCAAGGAAUUUUGUGGAGACCUGCAUCAAUAGUUUGCAUCUUGGACUUCUUAGCUGGGAGAUAGUCUUCUCUUCCGGUCGUUAUCAUGGAGUAGAGUUCUGCAAGGUCCUGUUUUUUUAUUUACUGAAUGUCUCAAGUGUUAACAACAACAUACAAUUUCAAGCUUACUGAUCAACUUUAUUUACCAUUACAUUUGUAAACAAUGUCAUCUCAUUAAUCUGGAUUUAAUAAUGUCCUCAAAUUUUUUAAAUUCAU